CGCUGGGGCCAGCCGCCGUCGCCGCUGCCCAUGGGGAACAGCCACUGCGUCCCUCAGGCUUCCAGGAGGCUCCGGGCCUCCUUCUCCAGGAAGCCCUCGCUGAAGGGAACUAGAGAGGAUGGCAGGAGGAAGCUGGCCGGCCUGUUUGGCUCGGAGGCCAGCCCCGACGGGGACACCACGGCCGACAAGAUAUUCUACUACAUCCCGGGGACGGACCUACCGGGCCUGGAGAGCCAGCGAGCACACCUGGACCAGCCGUUCCUGAGUGUUUUCAAGAAGGGGCGGCGCAGGGUGCCCGUGAGGAAUCUGGGCAAGGUUGUGCACUAUGCCAAGGUCCAGCUGAGAUUCCAGCACAGCCAGGAUGUCGUCGACUGCUACCUGGAGCUGUUCCCUUCCCACCUCUACUUCCAGGCCCACGGUUCUGAGGGACUCACUUUCCAGGGUCUGUUGCCGCUGAUGGAGCUGAGCAUCUGUCCACUGGAGGGGUCCAAAGAACAUGCCUUCCAAAUUACAGGCCCGCUGCCUGCCCCCCUUCUGGUGCUCUGCCCCAGCCAAGCCGAGCUGAGCCGCUGGCUCUACCACCUGGACAAGCAGAUGGCCCUCGUGGCAGGGCUGCCGUGCCUCCACUCCGCACCCCCGCAGGUCAGUGCCGGGAUCCCCACAGCCCUUUCCAAGCCCCCCUGCCUGCCUGCCCUGACCCCCCUUUUCCAGGGCCCCGCUGAGGACGAGCUCUCCUGGAGUCUGCAGCCUAGGCUGACCCACCUGCAGACCACAUGGGGGCGCCAAAUGGUGGGCAAUGCCAUCUGCGCCUCGAGGGUCAAGCUGCAGCAUCUGCCCUCGCAGGAGCGCUGGGACCGGGUCCUGGUACUAUACCCAACUUCCCUGGCAAUUUUCUCUGAGGAGGCCGACGGGCUCUGCUUUAAGGGGGAGCUCCCGCUCAGUGCCAUCCACAUCAACCUGGAGGAGAAGGAGAAGCAGAUCCGCUCCUUCCUGAUCGAAGGCCGCCUCAUCAACACCAUCCGGGUGCUGUGUGCCAGCUACGAGGACUACAGCCACUGGCUGCUCUGCCUGCAGACGGUCACCCGCAGGGAGGGGGCACCCCUGCUGCCCCGCCCCGAGAGCUUCCUGGGGCCGCGGGGGCCUGCCCAGGUCCUGGGUGGUGGCCGAGGCUCACUCUCCUCUGAUGGACAGACCAGCUGGGACUCGGGGUACCCGGCACCCCCCUCUACCCGCACCAGCCACUCCCUCCCUGAGUGCUCAGCUGGCUGCCCUGCCCAGCCUGCAUCUGACCACGCCAACCCUGGCUCCACCAGAAUCAGUGGGCAGAAGGCAGAGCUAAGACGGGGCGGCAGCAGCCGGUCACCCGGGAGCAGGGCCCGGGCCGAGGGGCCCGGCCCAGCCACCCCACUGCACCUGGACUUGACCAAGCUGACCCAGCUGAGCCAGGAGGGUGGUCCAGAGGCCCCAGACCACUCACUGGAGACACCUCACUCCCCUCUGUAUGCUGACCCCUACACACCACCUGCCACCUCCCACCACAGAAUCAGAGAUGUCCGGGGCCUGGACGAGUUCCUCACGGCAAUGAAGAGCUCACCUGGACCCGAGCCCUCGAGCCCGUUCCCCUCCGUGCCUGUGUCUGUGCCCAUCUCCAACCCCAGCUCUGGAGUGUCCAGCCCCCACUGUCUCUCCAGGAAGGGAGCCCCGCAGGCCCGAGCCUCUCAGCGGCACCGGGGCUCCCUCAAGGGCCGCGGGCCCCGGCCCCCAGACUCUCCUCAGCGCACGGCGAAGCCCCCAGGAGGUAUGACAACAUCUGGGACAAGGCUCCGGCUCCCUCCCGCCAGCGCCAGCGGCCCCGGGAAGCGGCCGAGGCUGAGGAGGGGCUCGCCCAGUGGAUCUGAGGGCCAGGGCAGGCUGCUUCUCAGGACCACCUGCCAGCGUCAACCCUGGGGGGUCUCAACCCUGGGGGUUCUCCAGCAAGGCCUGGAUCCUUCUAUGUGGGGCCACUGGCUGGCCACUCCCACCCAAUACCCAGUCAGGGAGUGGAGGGGGGUCUCCAGAACCCUGCGUUUUCUGUGCUCUGGAGGGACCAGGAGGACGGCCUCGGCCUGAGGACGCUCCAGCCAGCGCCUGGACCACAGAUCAGGGUGCGGCACCCAGAUGGAGGAGUUGGCCUGCCCCCGGGGGAGUGAGGGAGGGGCUUGCUGGGGCUUCACCUGGGAGUGAGAACAGAGCAGGGAUGAAGGUGAAGGUCAGAGGGCUGAGAAAGUUCCACUAUCGAGGGUCAGAGUAUGGGAGGUCAGAGGUCAUGAGGUCAGAGGUCAGCGAGGCCAGAGGUAGGGCGGUUGCCCAUGCGCAUGCGAGUGG